CAGUAUCAUGACGCAAUGACGUAGCGUGUAUUUUUUUCCUCGCAUGAGCGGGGGAGGUAAACAAGAUGGCGGAAGCCUGACAGCAGCUGAUUGAGGAUUGCAAACCUUCAGUUAACACUCAAGCAUGCACCGGCACAACGCAAGGGAAAACAAAACCUAAACGGGUGCCAUAGAGCAAGAUCGUGAUUUCCUGGUGAUGGACACCCAAGAACUUGCCGUUAACUCUUCGCCAGCUGGUUAGGCACCAAGUCCGACGGGGGUAAAAUUAGAUUCUGACUUAUGUCGGGUUAAAUGAGCGCGCUGGUGUUGAGUGUGGUGAGACGCCUUAUGUAAAGACCCAGUACCAGAGAAGAAAGUCAGGCUGUGGUGAAUUGUACCGUAAAGACAUUUGAAAGUGGACAGGUUUAACCGCUGCGUAGUUCAGCAGAUGUAACCUUACCGUUACUGCUGCACGCGGAACUGGAGAGCGAGAGCGAGGGCGUCAAAUUCAGGCAUGCUGAGCAAGGACGGGUCUGUGCCAAAACACAGUUUUCUGCAACUUCGGUUCCGGUACUUUAAAUCAAUGGGAUGUAACCUUAUCACUUAACCACGAAUGAACAGAAUGAUACCGGAUCGCAGGUUUUCUUUGGACUGAACGGAGCCAGCUUUGAUUGCCUUUUUUCAAGAAGAGGAAGGCAAGCUUGUUCUUUUCGACGUAUUUUAGUGUAAGCGAAGUCACUUGGCAUUUCACUACUUCAGUAAGUCACUGAAUUAAAAAAAUAAGUUAUUUUUUUAAAAGUACUAAUGAAGAAGUCACACAAUUAAUUGAUUAAAAACUCAAGAGAUCAACUAAUGCAAUAAGCAGCCCCCCACCCAUUCAGCUGAAACCGGGAUAUCGGAGUGGGUGGGGGGGGGCGGGGCCUGGGGCGGGGUUUUAACGGCAUUGUGGGCGAGGUUUAAAGAUGAGUGACGGCGACCUCGGUCACAUGGACUACCUGACGGGAUCGGACCUGGUGGGGAUGGACGCCUUCAUCCACCGGAUCGACUCCACGGAGGUGGUCUACCAGCCGCGCUGCAAGCGGGCCAAGCUCAUCGGGCGCUACCUGAUGGGCGACGUGCUGGGCGAGGGCUCGUACGGCAAGGUGAAGGAGGUGCUGGACUCAGAGACGCUCUGCCGCCGGGCCGUCAAGAUCCUGAAGAAGAAGAAGCUGCGGAGGAUCCCCAACGGAGAGGCCAACGUGAAGAAAGAAAUCCAGUUGCUGCGAAGAUUGAGACACAAAAAUGUCAUCCAGUUAGUCGACGUGUUGUACAAUGAAGAAAAGCAGAAGAUGUAUAUGGUGAUGGAGUACUGUGUGUGCGGAAUGCAGGAGGUGCUCGACAGCGUUCCAGGGAAGCGCUUUCCAGGGUACCAGGCACAUGGGUAUUUUUGUCAGUUGCUGGACGGUCUGGAAUACUUGCACAGCCAGGGAAUCGUUCACAAGGACAUUAAGCCAGGAAACCUGCUCCUGACCACGGACGGGGUGCUGAAGAUAUCUGACCUGGGCGUGGCUGAGGCUCUGCCCCCGUUUGCGGAGGACGACACGUGCUGCACCAGUCAGGGCUCUCCGGCGUUCCAGCCGCCUGAAAUCGCCAACGGCCUCGACACCUUCUCCGGCUUCAAGGUGGACAUCUGGUCCGCAGGCGUAACGCUAUACAACAUCACCACGAGUCUGUAUCCCUUCGAAGGGGACAACAUCUAUAAGCUGUUCGAGAACAUCGGCAAGGGGGACUACUCCAUUCCCGAAGAGUGCGGCCCCCUCCUGUCCGACCUGCUCAGAGGCAUGCUGCAGUACGACCCGGUGAAGAGGUUCUCCAUCCAGCGCAUCCGACAGCACAACUGGGUGCGGAAGAAACACCCCCAGACGGAGGCGGCGGUGCAGGUGCCCCCCGGGGCGGAGAGCCAGGACCACUGGAGGAGCAUGACCGUGGUGCCAUACCUGGAGGACCUGCACGGCUACCAGGAGGAAGAGGAGGAAGAGGAGGACGAGGCAGAGUUCUUCCACCACCACCGGGACGACAUCAUCUACACUCAGGACUUCCCCCUGCCGGGACCGCUGGACGAGGAGGCCCGGCCCAAAGCGGUGUGCGCCAACGGCACCGACCCCGCCCCCCUGGGGAAGCCCCCAAAGCCCGGGCGCCGGGCCAGCUCCGCCUCCAACCCCGCCCGGCGGGGCGUGUCCGCGGCCGCCAAGAUCCGCAAGCUCUCCGCCUGCAAGCAGCAGUGACCCCGCCCCCCUGCCCCCGGAGCCCCGCCCACACCACAGGGUUUGUUUUCAUCUUCAUCCCUCCUUCAGUCUGAAAAGAGAAGAGUGAAGAUGCCGUUUUUUUUUUUGUUUGUUUGUUUUUUUCUUUCUUUCUCCUGUCCCCAAAUCCCUCGCUCUGGCCUGGUGAAGGUGGUUUUGUGAGCCCCACGGAGGAGGAGAACUUCAUGACAUUUUCUCUGCUGCUGGAACGACUGCGAUGGGGGG